AUGACCACUCCUAGGUCGUUACACCAGCUCCCAAUUAACGCAAGACCACGCAGGUCGUGGCUUCAAUGGCUCAACGCACUUGCCUUCUUGCCAGCGUUCCUCUUUGGGUGCUUUUUAAUACACGCUUUUCAAUUGCUCUAUCUGCUACCCCUGAAACUUGUACCCACGCAAUGGUCAAGGAAGCUGUAUGACGAGGGCAUACGGCAUACGAAAGGGUGUUUCGCAAUGCUCAUGAGCCAGUCGUCGUCAUUCUCUACACACCUGAUGAACCAGUGGUUUGCACCCACGUAUCUGUCUAUCACUUUCGAAACCCAGGGCCAGGGAAAAUUCACCAUGGAAGAGAUAGAACAAAUCAUACAACGAGACCCGUCUGGAAAAGUGGUCGCAUUAAAGUUGCCGCUCAAGAUGGUCAUCACCUCCAAUCACCAAGUGUACUGCGACUGGUGGUACGUAUGGUGUCUCACAUACUUCAUGCAAGCCCACAAGGACGUCUUCAUCGUGCUGAAGAAGAGUCUCAAGUGGAUCCCCGUCCUUGGAACACAACUCUCGAAACUCGGCAGGCAAGCUGAGGAGGAGAAUAAGCCUUUCAUGUUUAUUCUCUUCCCAGAGGGAACUCUCGUAAGCAAAAACACGAGACCCAUAAGCAGGAGUUAUGCGGACAAGCUGGGAAUCCCGGACCUCCACAACGUUCUGCUUCCCCGCUCGACAGGAUUGCUCUAUUCUCUCCGGUCGCUUGUACCUCGUUUACCUACCUUGAAACUGCUGGACAUUACCGUUAUUUACCCAGGUGGGUUUGUUCCAUGGCAGUUACGGACACACGCUCGACGUAGUAUUCCAGGGAUACCACCUAGAGGGUACGGACAAUCAUACUAUACCCUACGCUCGAUAUUCUGCGAUCGGGUUCCGCCCCCAGUUGUUCAUAUGCAUCUGCGUAUAUUCGACGUUGCCAAGGAGGUGCCCAUCGGAAACAUUUCAAAGUGCGGGCCUACCGCUAUAGCCAAUGGGUGGGCGACUCCCAGUCUCUAUGAGACUGGGAUCCCCGAAGGUGAAAGGGAACGCUUUGACGAAUGGCUUCGGGAACUAUGGACUUGCAAGGAUCGGUAUAUGACUCGAUUUCUCGAGGGUGACACGUCAGUCGCACAGAAACCAGUGCAGGUCCCGUUGGAGUUGCAAGGCAAGGUUCAAGUGGCUGGCGCAUACUGUUACUUCAUACCUGUCAUUGUGGCUUACACCUGGUCAAAGCUGGCGAAGCAGUUUUUUUAG